AUGCGAGAUUCUCAUAUUCAAUCAUUCUUCAGGUUAACGUUUCUUGAAUCUGUUAUACUAACAAAAUGUUUCCGUUUGCAAAUCUUUUUUGCUCGUUUUUUCUAUUUUUUUAAUCAGAUGGCCUCCUUACCUCACCCAAAGAUUGUCAAGAAGCACACCAAGAAGUUCAAGCGUCACCACUCUGACCGUUACCACAGAGUCUCUGAAAACUGGAGAAAGCAAAAGGGUAUUGACUCUGUUGUUAGAAGAAGAUUCAGAGGUAACAUCUCUGAACCAAAGAUCGGUUACGGUUCUAACAAGAAGACUAAGUUUUUGUCUCCAUCUGGUCACAAGAUUUUCUUGGUUGCUAACGUCAAGGAUUUGGAAACUUUGACCAUGCACACCAAGUCUUACGCUGCUGAAAUUGCCCACAACAUUUCUGCCAAGAACAGAGUUGUCAUUUUGGCCAGAGCUAAGGCUUUAGGUGUCAAAGUCACCAACCCAAAGGGUCGUUUGGCUUUGGAAGCUUAA